UUCCGCCACACUCGUGUGUUCCGUUUCUAGGGUUUAAUUCCUUCGUUUACUCUUCUCCUGCGCGGCUGCAUAUUCAGGAGCCCCGAAAAUGCCGUCGCACAAGACCUUCAGGAUCAAGAAGAAGCUGGCGAAGAAGAUGAGGCAGAACAGACCGAUCCCUCACUGGAUCCGUCUCCGCACUGACAACACCAUCAGGUACAACGCGAAGCGCCGGCAUUGGCGCCGCACAAAACUCGGGUUCUAAGCAUCGAUUGCUUUGUUAGAUUGUUGAGGUACGCUCUCGGCUUUGUUCGUUAUGGAUAGAAAACCAUCUGUAAUUUCGGAUUAUCUGAACCUGUCGCCUUGUCUCUCUCGCCGUUGUCGAUUCCUUAUUAUCUUCAUCGUUUUCCACACGCGUGAUUUCGCUGGACCCAUUGCCACUUGAAUUAUUAAUUAAUGACACUGUUAAGUUACUUAUA